GCGCUGACCAACACUGUUGCCGGCAACAGGUAACGGAGUUGCUGGAAAAACCAAUCUUCAAGUCGGCGGCGUAGAUUUAUUUAACCCUUUUAUCUAUGGAAAACAAGGCCUCUAAGCGUAGGCGUUCGGUAGACUGCCACGACGAUGAUGCCAACAACAAUCCCAUACAGAGAAAGGUCUGGGUAAGCCAGAAGGUGAGCGAUGCCCACGACCCAGCCAAGAUGCGGGAGGUUCACGAGAGAACAACAAAGAUGCUUUUCGAGGGUGCCGCCGCCAGUCACGCACCUUCAGUUGCCACAGCUCCUGCCCUGCACGAGCACUACCACCUGCUGGGCGAUGGAAGCAUACUGCUGCGUGACUUGCAUCCCGAUGCUGCCAAUCCUUGCCUGGAACGCCUCAAGUCUCGCUGCUGCCAGCGCCAAACCCUCAUCCAUGGCAGCUGCAUCAACUGCAGCAUGGAUCUGUGCGAAGAGUGCGGCUACUCCUGCACCGAGUGCACCCACUUUAUAUGCCGCAGCUGCGUGACCGUGUUUGAUGAUCGUCCCGAGAAUCCGCUGUGCGAACGCUGCCAAAUGUUCUAUACCUGAAGGGGGCUUUCCCGGAGCCUCCAGCCCGAUGUGUUCCUUAGACUCUAAGUAGAGGCAUCUCCUCGCUCAUUUUCCUUGCAUUUUGUAUUUAAUGGAAAAAUAUAUAUAAUAAUCAAAACAGAAA